ACCAGCAACCUGAACGCCGCAUUAGUUUUGUUUACGGGUAAGUCACAAGAUCAGCUAUUCCUUUGUAGUCAGCAAACUCGCAACGCUGAUUCCUCUUUGCACUGUAUUUUUAUUCUUACCUCCGAAAAUAACGAUUCUACUGGGAGACGGUGGUACAGUGGUUAUCUAAUAUUGGUCGCGAACUUUUAGAUUUGAACCGUUAGACGUGAACAUUUUAUAUUCAAUUUUGGCAGUUUACAGACAUGUGCAAAGAAAUGAAAACUUCAACGGAAUAACUUUAUUUGCCAGUCAUCUCAAGUCCAGCUAAUGUGCAAAGCCAGCAAAUGAUGAUAAACAUUAUCGGCUAACUGGUUAUUGCUUUGCCAGCAACCGUCAAAGGAUACAUUGAGAUAGUUUAAUUCUUCGCGAAGUGAGAGGCUUCGCGAAUCGUACCAUUCGAUUAACAUUCAAUUAACAUUCGAUUAGGAAAAACAUGGGUGGCACACUCCAAGGAUUCUCCCGAACGAAACCAUUCGACAAAAAGUCAGUCCAAGAGACAAAACUUGCUAGAGUGCUCACGACAUUCGACUUGACGUUCCUCGGUGUCGGCAGUACAUUAGGAGCAGGUGUUUAUGUCGUUACCGGGGACGUAGCAAGACAGAUCGCUGGGCCUGGCGUUAUAUUUUCGUUUCUCAUCGCUGGAAUAGCAUCUGUAUUAUCUGGACUAUGUUACGCGGAGUUUGGGGCGAGGGUUCCGAAAGCAGGAUCAGCAUAUAUAUACAGUUAUGUCACUGUUGGCGAGCUCUGCGCAUUUAUAAUCGGCUGGAACUUGUUUCUAGAGUACAUGAUAGGGGCUGCAGCGGUGGCAAGGGCAUGGAGCGCGUACUUCAACUCACUUGUAGGAGGCGCGGUUAGCAGGGGACUAACCUCCGCGUUUGGGCGACUGCACACACCAGGUCUCAGCCACUACCUGGACAUCUUUGCACUCUCAUUGGCGAUUAUCAUCGCCGGGGUUCUAGCAAUUGGUGUGCGUAAAUCAACGCGAUUUCAGGGUACGAUUACCUUCAUAAACAUGGGGGUGAUGGUAUUUAUCGUUGUUUUAGGUGCAUUCCAUGCCAAGUUUGAGAACUGGAAUAGGAAUUUCCUUCCCUUCGGAGUCACUGGAGUCCUGUCUGGUUCAGCCACGGCAUUUUUCGCGUUUGUUGGCUUUGACGUCAUAGCAUCGACUGGUGAAGAGGCCAAAAACCCAAGCAAAGCAAUACCCCUCUCGAUUGUACUCUCAUUGGCAAUCUGUUAUGUCGGCUAUUCAGGGGUUGCGGCAGUUGUCACAUUAAUGGUGCCUUACAACCAGCUAGACCCUGAUGCCGCUUUACCACGUGCGUUCGAGCAAAGCGGGGUUUGGUGGGCUAAGUACAUAAUUUCUGUUGGGGCUCUCUGUGGUCUAACUGCCAGUUUAACCGGCGCAUUGUUCCCAUUACCAAGACUCCUGUAUGCGAUGGCAACAGACGGUCUCAUAUUCCCGUCCUUUGGAUGGGUUAACAAGCGGACGGAGACGCCGCUCUUCUCUACGUUCUUCGCUGGUGCCCUUGCAGGGAUACUGGCAAUGGUAUUCGAAUUAUCAUCACUCGUUGAAAUGAUGUCAAUAGGCACGCUUCAGGCGUACACGAUAGUGGCAACAAGUGUACUUCUUUUGCGUUAUCAACCAGGGGACCUCAGCACGAGCGAUAAGAGCGCAUCACCGGUAAACGUAACAGGAGCCAUCGCACGCGAGCCAACUGAAAGAUCUGGUCACCUUGUUUCCCUGUGUGUCUGUAUCUUGUUUCUGGACAUGUUUGGGAUAAGCAGCCUGUUUGUAUUUGGAAUGAAGUUUAUGAUGAAGGGUCAAUUCUGGUUUAUUGUCUUAGCGUUUGCAUUGAUGGCUGUCCUUGUAAGUGCGAUAACAGUGAUUGUACUCCAACCACAAAACAAUACUCCCCUGCCAUUCAAGGUCCCGCUUGUCCCAUUUAUCCCACUGCUGUGCAUGUUCGUCAACAUCUAUUUGAUGAUGGAGCUCUCAGUCAUCACGUGGGUUCGAUUCGGUGUUUGGAUGUUCGUAGGGAUGACGAUUUACCUUUGCUAUGGGCUACACAACAGUGCUGAGAACCCGCGAAACAUUUUAAGACAAAAGGACCUCGAAAGGCGGGGAAAACUCAGUAAUUCAUUCAGCCUGGAAGACCGCUAAUCGACAGGAUAGCGUGUGGAACCAUUAGCAGGCAGCCAUAUGAGCGCAAUACAGGAAAAUACAGUAACAGAAUACACCUACACAAGAAAGAAGAAUUAGUGACAGCACUUAGGAUGGAUCAAACUUGGCACGCUGCUGCACAAUAUUAGCAAUACGAAAUGCAAUGACUCUUUUGGAUAUCAACACAAUGCACGAUGACACAAUCAAAAAAACCGAGAGAAGAACAUAGCGGUGUAGAAAUUAAUGAUAGCUGAGAGAAACAAUGUUAUCCAUAGACAUUUAAACAAACAAACUAUAGACAUCCAUGUUCAUUUUCCUGCCAAAAUGCCUGUAUAUGCUUGUUGCAUCAAUCCAGUAUUUCGUCUGUUUCAAUGCGUUUACAAACUAGCAAAAAUAUAUUCAGCUUUAUAAUAUCAACCUGAACACAUUUGUGUUUUGGAGUCCAAAAAUUGUGAAAACUUCUCAAAUUUAGGUUAUGGAAUGCAAAGAAGAUUACAACAUAUAUCUGUAAUACGUGUGAAAAUAUGAUGCAAUGUAAUGAAUUUGAUUUCAAUUUGAGAUACUCAUUAACAAAUACCAUCGACUAAAAGUACUCGUCUUGUUGUUAAUUCUAGAAAAGUAAGUAUUCAAAUACAGGAGGAGA